AGUGCCCGCGAGUGUAUAUAUAGCAAAUGCCAUCGUUCGGUAAAGUAUCCAGUCAAUUGGUAGCUGCAGAGCUGAACAGUACCAACAGCAGGCAGCAAGGCAGAAGCAGCACACGACAAGGCAGAAGCGACUGCAAUCAUUAUGGCGUCCGGUGCUAUGAUCCAAGUAGCUUUUCUAGGACUCCUAGUUGUGUCCACCGCGUUUGCGGACGUCAAGCCGGUAAAUAAGAACGAGAAGAAAAGAGACACAUUAUUCAACCCAUCAUUCUCAUUCGGUGACAAAACUUUUGGCUCGUCAACUCCAGCUCCAUUCGCGUUUGGCAGCUCGUUCUCGUCCACUGCUGCGCCAUUAAAAUCCGUUUCUUACAGCUCCACACCAGCUCCGUUUGCAUUCGGUAACUCUUUUGCAUCAAAUGCAUACUCCAGCGCUGCCGCAGCUCAAUCUUUCGAUGCUGCACCAUUCAAAUCCGUUUCUUACAGCUCCACACCAGCUCCGUUCGCAUUCGGUAACUCUUUUGCAUCAAAUGCAUACUCCAACGCUGCCGCAGCUCAAUCUUUCGAUGCAGCAUCAUUCAUUGGAUCUUCCACACCUGCUCCAUUGUACGAUGGAUCUUUCGGUUCUUCCACCGCAGCCGCUCUAAUUGGUUCAUCUACACCAGCACCUUUCGUAUCUGGUGCCGGACUAUCCGACGCAAGCUUUGCAUAUUCUUCCACCCCGGCUUCAAUUUUAGCAGGUGGAGCUUCGCCUGUUGUUUCGUCUAACCCAGAAGCGGUUCUUUUAAACAGGUCACCGGCUUUUGCUACAUCAUAUGGUUCAUACUAUUCAGGUUUUGCCCCGUCUUACUCUCAAGGAACAAUCGUCAAGUCUAACUCAAUUGGCCACGAUGCGGUUGAAGUUCCAGCCGUGGCUAACGCCCCAGCUCCCCGCCAUGAAGUUACCAUCCAUAAGGAAGUUCCAGUUCCAUACUACGUCCAAGUUGAAAAGAGAGUGCCAUACCCCGUCUACGUUCGUGUACCACACCCAUACACGGUCACUGUAGAAAAACACGUGCCAUACGCAGUGCAAGUUAAUGUAGACCGUCCAAUUAACGUUCCUCAGCCAUAUCCAGUCGAAGUUGAGAAGAGAGUGCCGUACGCAGUUGAAAAGCCAGUACCUUAUGAAGUGAAAGUCCCAGUCGACAGGCCGUACGCAGUUCCUGUUCCAGUCGAGAAACCCGUCCCAUACUCAGUUGAAAAACCCGUGCCUUACCCAGUGAGAGUGAAUGUUGACAGACCUUACCCCGUCGAAAAACCAGUGCCAUACCCAGUUGCUGUCGAAAAGCCAGUGCCAUACGCUGUAGAAAAGAAAGUGCCAUACCCUGUAGAAAAAUUAGUCCCAUAUGCCGUUGAAAAGAGGGUUCCCUAUCCAGUAAGGUACGAAGUUCCAGUUAAUGUUCCAGUUCCAGUAGAAGUUAAAGUUCCAGUGUCCGUGGACAGACCCGUCCCAUAUACAGUAGAAAAGAGAGUUCCAUACCCAGUUCAAGUUCCAGUUGAAGUUAAGGUCCCAGUCCAGGUUGCAGCUCCAGCUCAACGUUUCGCCACUGUCCACUAUUAUCAACAAUCGCCGGUCGCUUUAGGAUAUGAAUCCAGUCAAGCUCUCAUUGGCCAAUCUGGUUACAAAGCUUUCUCAUCUGGUUUGGCUCAAGGUUCCGGAAGUGCAUUCUACAGCUCUAUCCCAUCAUCUGGCAGUGCAUUCUACAACUCUGUUCCAUCAUCUGGCAGUGCAUUCUACAGCUCUACUCCAGCGUCUGGAAGUGCAUUAUUCAGCUCUACAGCUAGCCCAAUCAGCUCAUACAGCUCUACCGCUAGCCCAAUAAGCACAUACAGCUCAACUGCCAGCCCAGCUGGUUUCUUCGGCUCAAACGUCGUCCAAGAUGGUUUCGCUGGUUCAUCCGCGGCUCCAUUCAGUUUCGGCCAACAAUCUUUCUUCGGAUCUUCGACACCAGCUCCAUUCAACACUUUCUCCGCUGAUUCAGCAUCAUCUGACGCAUCAUCUCUAUUCAAGUCCGCUAGCAUUGGAUCUGAAAAUCAAGAGGCAGUCGCCAUUGGAGGUGCAUCUUUGAAGUCACAGGAAUUGAAAGCUGACAACUUUGACGUUAUCAAGAAAUAGAUUGUCGAAAGCUUGAGUUUAUCUGAAAUGGAGUUUUCAUUAUUUUUUAUGACCACUAAAUAAUGGAAAAAUGUUCUAUAUAUUUUUGUUUAUAAAUGCGUUCUUUUAUUUAGCAUAUAAAUAAUUUUUAAUUAAUCAUCUGUAAUAUUAUAAAAAUAUAGUAUUAUUGAUUCAUUCAUA